AUGGAUUCACUGCAUGAGGCCCAUCUAGAGCGUAUACUGGAGAACCGUCGCCGGCGCGGGGUUCUUGUCAAUUACACCGCGCGCCGUGGCCCAUCCACAGCGACACAAACUGAGCAGUGGGCCCCACAAAAGAAACUCGAACCGCCGAUGCAGCUGAAGUCCGACUUGAGCCCAAGUCCUCGAAUAAUACCAAGCUAUGCCACAGCUGAUGAGGCCGCACCACACAAAACCCCGAAAGAGGCAGCUUGCUUGGAUGAGGCGACAGAAUCCACCGGCCGAUCCCGAAACAAUAUGAAUGGGCAGCAUGGAGGAGAUAAGGCCACACUGAACCAUAGUGCCAUGGAGUAUAGCGGUGUGGCGUCUGACGAACGCAUGUUACGCUAUGGUGGUGAUAACAAGAGCCCAUCUGGAAGGAGCCCUCGUUGGGGUGCCGACAACUCGCGCCGUGGCUGGCGUUCGUCGAGGAACCCCUCCGCCGCCAGGAUUCGUAACAGUUACAAUUCAAGGAAAAAUGAUCUGAUCUCCUCGAGCAGGUCUCCCGGAAGAACAGUCCCGCGGAUCGAGUACGGCUCUUCCGAACGCCAGUUCUCUUCCUCACGAGGGUGGGAUGCUGGUGACUCCUACAGGAGCCGCAAUGUGUCGCCACACAUGCGUUAUUCAUCGCCCAGCGGUGGUAGUCUUUCUCAACGUCCACACAGCCGCCCUUCUGAAAACCACAGAAGGAAUUCCAACGGCUACGUGGAUAGCCCUCUAAGUGGCCGUCAGCCACCGUCGCGGCGUCAGCCGAAGCACUCAAGGGGUGAUGUGCUGCAUCGAUUCCCCGACGAGCGUGACAGAGGUGCAGCUGGGUCUGUGAUUUAUUCGGGAGAUGUAGGCCCACUAGCAUCUCCUGCUCGCCGCCGGCCGCCUGGCCCGCCGCUUCCGCAAGGGCCCCCGCCUUCCAAUGUCCAACGUAAUAGUACGGCGAACACAACCAAUAAUGUAACUGGGCUGCCGGGUACGCGAUCGACGAUAGAUAUCCGUACAAGCGUGUCGAUCUUGGCAGCCGGUGAUUGGUUCUACAAGUGGAACAGCAAGGGAACAACAGUUUCCCCGCGGUGGGUAUGGCUGGACGCACAGAGUCACCUCUUGUUGUGGGCGCAUAGGGAAACCUACGAGAACUCCUUCGCUGGCACCAUCAAGCUUGAGAAGAUUGUUCAAGUGGCUUCUCGGGAGCUGCAGCAGCUGAAUGAUGAUGGCGUCCCGCAGACCUACUACGUCAUACUCGUGGAAACGACACGACGUGUGCUGCAGCUAGCGACUGAAAGGCGUGUGAAGGCCGACGUGUGGUGCGAGGCACUGAACAACGUUUUAUCGUAUCUGAGAGCUCUCACUUUUGGCAGCACUCAUCUGCAGCCAGCAAGUAACUGA